ACCAUCGAAACCUUGUCAAAAACAACGCAUGCUUAGGGUAUGAGACCGGCAGAUAUAAAUAUCACACACACGGCACGUAGAAGUUGCUUCGGUCAUCCCUCUCAUCUCUUUGGUUCAGCACUAUGGUCAAUGUUGCGGGCCUUCUCGCCAGCUCUUGGCUCCUAUCUGGGGCUUAUGCAGCAAGCUCCUCUACGAGUGCAUCUUACUCUCAGUUUACUAUCCCUACCGCCGCAGACGUCGGCGCGAAUCUGAUUGCCAACAUCGACGACCACGAAGCUGUCAACGCUCAAUCAGUCUGUCCUGGCUACAGGGCUUCCAAUGUACAUCAAUCAUCCAAGGGCUUCACGGCUACUCUGCGGUUGGCAGGAAAACCGUGCAAUGCCUAUGGGAUUGAUGUGGACUCAUUGGACCUCUUGGUAGAGUACCAGGCUAAGGACCGGUUGAAUGUCUACAUCGUGCCCAGCCAUGUUGAUUCGUCGAAUGCCUCGUGGUAUUUCCUCAAUGAGGACGUUGUUCCCCGACCUAAGGCCUCUCCCAGUGCGUCUGCUGCGCAUGGUGAUUUGGCCUUAGAGUGGUCCAACGAGCCAUCCUUCAACUUCAAAGUUACCCGGAAGGCGACCGGUGAUGUGCUUUUCAACACACAAGGCUCGGUUCUGGUGUAUGAGAACCAGUUUAUCGAAUUUGUGACUUCUCUGCCAGAGGACUACAAUAUCUACGGUCUUGGGGAGCAUUUCCAACAACUCCGGAUUUUGCAUAAUGCCACUCUGACUGCGUAUGGGUCUGAUAAUGGUAACCCGAUUGACUCGAACCUCUACGGCAGUCACCCCUUUUAUCUGGACACCCGAUAUUUCGAGAAGAGCAAGAACGGCUCCCUCGCUCCCGUCAAGGCUUCCGAAGCCGACCCCAAGAAGGAAUAUGAUUCCUUCUCGCACGGCGUGUUCCUGCGAAAUGCCCACGGUCUGGAAACAGUUACGCAGCCACAAAACUUGACUUGGCGAACACUGGGCGGAAGUAUCGACCUGACCUUCUACUCCGGUCCUAGCCAGGUUGAGGUCACCAAGAACUACCAGGUCAGCACCGUUGGACUGCCUGCCAUGCAGCAGUACAAUACACUGGGUUACCAUCAGUGUCGCUGGGGAUAUACCGGCUGGACUGAUCUGGAGAAUGUGAUUGCGGAUUUCGAGAAAUUUGAGAUUCCUGUGGAAUAUAUUUGGGUUGAUAUCGAUUACAUGCACGGAUACCGUGACUUCGACAACGAAAAGACCAACUGGUCCUACGAAGAAGGCGAGAAGUUCCUCGACAAGUUACACGCCGGUGGCCGUCGCUUCGUCCCUCUCGUCGAUUCUGCUCUCUACAUCCCCAACCCCGACAAUACAUCUGAUGCCUACCCAACCUACGACCGUGGCGCAGCAGAUGACCUCUUCCUCAAAAACCCCGACGGCAGCCUUUAUAUCGGCUCCGUCUGGCCCGGCUACACCGUCUUCCCUGACUGGCACCACCCCAAAGCCGGCAACUUCUGGGCCAACGAGCUAUCCCUCUGGCACGAAAAGGUCGCCUACGACGGCAUGUGGAUCGAUAUGGGCGAAUUCUCAUCCUUUUGCGUUGGAAGCUGCGGAACGGACAAUCUGCACCUCAACCCUGCGCACCCGCCGUUCGCUCUUCCCGGUGAACCGGGUAACGUGGACUAUAACUACCCCGAGGGCUUCAGCAAGAGUAACGCCAGCGAAGCGGCCUCUGCAUCGUCAGCUGCUGCUUCGCAAUCUGCCGCAGGCUCAACAGCCACCACCUCCUCGUCAACGACCCAAUCCUACCUCCGCAGCACACCCACCCCAGACCGCAACAUCAACCACCCUCCCUACGUGCUCAACAACGUCCAACCAGGUCAUGACCUCGCCGUCCAUGCCAUCUCCCCCAACGCAACACACAUCGAUAACAUCCUCGAAUACGACGUCCACAACCUCAACGGCCACCAAAUCCUUAACGCAACAUACUCCGGCCUGCUCCAGGUCUUCCCCCAGAAACGCCCCUUCAUCCUCGGCCGCGCGACGUUCGCAGGAUCAGGCAAAUAUGCAGCGCACUGGGGCGGAGACAAUAAUUCCAAAUGGGCGGAUAUGUUCUUCUCCAUUUCCCAGGCGCUUUCGUUCUCGUUGUUCGGUAUACCCAUGUUCGGCGUGGACACGUGCGGAUUUUCCGGGAACACGGACGAAGAACUAUGCAACAGAUGGAUGCAAAUGUCCGCGUUCUUCCCGUUCUAUAGAAACCACAACGUCAUCAAGUCUCUCCCCCAGGAACCGUACCGCUGGGAAUCCGUCACCGCCGCGACUAAGAAAGCAAUGUCUAUCCGCUACUCCAUUCUACCCUACAUGUACACGCUCUUCCACUCCGCACAUACAACAGGCUCCACAGUGCUCCGGGCACUGGCUUGGGAAUUUCCAACAGAACCGCACCUCGCCUCCGUCGAUACGCAGUUCCUGCUCGGUCCAGAUGUCAUGGUCAUUCCCGUUCUCGAACCGGGCGUUGAUAGCGUCAAGGGUGUUUUUCCUGGUCUUGCGGUUGGGCAAGUCUGGUAUGACUGGUACUCGCAGACACCCGUGAACGCGGAAGCAGGAGUCAAUACGACCAUUCCUGCGCCCUUAGGCCAUAUACCUGUAUAUAUCCGUGGGGGUAGUAUCUUGCCUAUGCAGGAACCUGCGUUGACGACGCGAGAUGCGAGGAAGACGGAUUGGAGUCUGAUUGUUGCUACUAGUCGUAAUGGGACUGCUAAGGGAGAACUGUAUCUUGAUGAUGGGGAGAGUUUAAUUCCCAAUGCUACGAAGCUCGUUGACUUCAGAGCGACUUCCAACGGUUUACGUGCUGCUGUGCGCGGUUCGUGGGAGGAGAAGAAUCCGCUGGCGAAUGUCACUGUUCUUGGUGUGAAGGAGCCGAAGGACGUUGUGUUUAAUGGGAAGGUGGUUGAUGAGGAAGCGAUUAAGUAUAAUGCUACCUCGAAGGUACUUAGCAUUACUGGACUACAACAGUUGACAGAAGAAGGCGCUUUUGAGAGGAGUUGGGUUCUCAAGUGGGCUUAACUCGAUUAUGAAUGUUUAGUCUCGAUGUACACCUGAUAUGAAAUGAAUACGUGUUCGAAUGUAGUAUCAUCGCAUUGAAGUCUAUAUGAAAGCACCAACAAACGUCCGAAACCCCGGGGCUCAGCUCUACUAAUGGGGCCCAUCUAGACA